CCACUCCAUUCCUUUGCCUCUAGAAGCUCAGAAGGCUACAAAGAACUUGAAGAGCUAAGAUGCCACGGACCUGGUACCUGUGGGUUGCAAUUGGGGCCCUUCUGGCUGUAGCUACGGCUCAAUACAGGACCGGGGGCAGGAACAGGAGCAACAGGUGGGGGCAAAACUGGAGCCAGAAGCACUCCUCCUACAAGACUUGGAACUCCAGACUUUACCCACAGUGGAGGCAAGGAGACGCCAGGCAGAGGAACUGCUGGAGAGGUGGUGAUGUGACGUUUGACAUCAGCAACGAUGCCCCAACUAUAACAGGUGCCAAAGCCACGUUCAGCAUUGCCCUGCGCUUCCCUGGCAACCAGACGGUUCUACCAGAUGGAAGCAUAGUGUGGAACCAGAACUGCACCAUAAAUGGUACCCAUGUGAUGCAAGGAGAACCCGUCUUCCCCAAUCAGGAGACUGACAACUCGGACUGCUUCUUUCCUGAUGGGCAGCCCUUCUCUCAGAGCGACCGCCGCAAGCAUGGCAAGUUCGUCUACGUCUGGCAAGCAUGGGGGCGGUAUUGGCAGGUGGUAGAUGGCCCCUCGUCCCUGCUGACUGUUGAGACAGGUGAUGUACCCCUGGGCUCCUACACCAUGGAAGUGGAGGUCUAUCACUACCGGGGACGUGAGAAAUUCAUCCCUAUCGGUAGCACCUCUUCAGAGUUCAGCAUCACCGACCAGAUCCCGUUCAACGUGGACAUCGCACAAGUGCUGGAUGUCGACGAGACCGACGGCCGCUUUGUGCGCAACCGGGCCAUCGCCUUUGGCGUGCGCCUCCACGACCCCAGCCAAUACCUGCGCGACGCCGACAUCUCCUACUCCUGGGAUUUCGGCGACCAGAGCGGGACUCUGAUAUCGCGGGCCGCCAUGGUCACCCACACCUACCUUGCCGCCGGCACCUUCAGCCCACGCGUCAUCCUCCAGGCCGCCAUCCCCUUGGCCGAUUGCGGAAGCAGCACCACGGAGGAGCCGUCCGUCGCCCCCACAGCAGACCCGAGCGGCACCACGGCUCAGAGCGGCACCACGGCCCAAGGCACCGCGGCCUUGCCCACCGUCAGCAGCAUAACUGGGUCAGGAUCCGCAGGCGUCCCAACCUCAGCCCCAGCCUCCGGGACGACUCAGCAGCAACCCGAGACUAGUUCUUUGGCUACUGCAGCUACUGCAGGCACUGCCACAGUAGUCAGUGCUGUGCCCGAAGGGGCAGAUUUAGCCGUAGCGUCUGUAGAGCCUGUGAACGAUGCCUCUGUGGCCCCAGCUGAAGAAGCUACAGGCAUUACGGACCCUGUAACUGUUGCCACGGCAGUGGCAGCAUCCCUCCCAGCCACCGUGGCUUCUGCAUCUGUGUCCACCGCAGUGGCUGCAUCUCUGCCAGGCACUGUGGCGCCCGAUUCUCCCUCUGCAGCGGCGCCUGAAGAUGACCCGGGCACUCUGGCGCCCACGGUUUUGUCUCCAGCGGCAUCUACAGCUGAGCUUCCUGGGGCAUCGACAACACUCCCUAGUGUGGCCGACACUCCACUCUCUCCAUCAGCAGCAGAUGCCGCUGAAGAUGCAGCAACCAUCGACCUGACUGUAUCCAUUGUCCCAGAUGCUGGAACGGUGGCGACUGGAGUGGUCCAGGUCUUGGUGAAACGCCAGGCACCUGCUGGCUGCCUCCUCUACCGCUAUGGGACCUUUGAAACCAACCUGGACAUUGUCCAGGGCAUCGAAGGUGUUGAAAUUGUGGAGGUGGUGCCAUUGGUGUCAGCUGUUGCUGAGAACACAGUAGAUCUCACAGUGACGUGCCAAGGAAGCCUCCCUGAGCAAGUCUGCACAACCAUCUCGGACCCCGAUUGCUUGACAGCCCAGGAGACUGUGUGCAUCCCGGCCCAGCCCAGCCCCGACUGCCAGUUGGUUCUGCGCCAGGCCUUCAACCAGUCUGGCAUCUACUGCGUCAACGUCUCCCUGGCUGAUGCCAACAGCCUGGCUGUGGCCAGCACCCAAGUCAGCAUCCAGGCAGCAAGAACUUCAGGCUCAGCCCAAAUUGCACUAGUUGUUGGAGUGGUGCUGGUCGCUGCUGCCUUAGGGGCUGUUGCCUAUACCUACAGGCAUGUGAAAUACACACCCCUCCGUGCUGCGACAUCAGCCAGCACCUCUCCCAGCAGCUGGUUACCUGACCGCACCACUGUACGCCUCUUCCUACGCCAGGCUUUUGGGCAGGGGGCCAGUGGGGAAAGCAGCCCACUGCUGAGUGGCAAUGUGAUCUAAAGAUGGAGACGAAGGCCAAGGAAGCCAACUGAAGCCUUGCUGACUACUGAACCAGAUGCCUCGUGGAGCCAGCCCUGAGAAAGGAGAUAGUGUCCUCCUCCUCCUCUGCAGUUCUUCCACCCUAAACUGACCCCGCCCAGCAUUCUUGUUCUUUUUUAAAAAUUACCUGCUAAGUAAACACUCAGACUCCUUGA